AUGCCAUGGCUUGCCGUGCCUUACGGAGAGACUGCGGCCACGGCUAGACUUGCCGGAGCUUGUAAGGUGCGAGGAACUCCAUCGCUGGCGGUCUUCGACGGGGCCACGGGAGAGCUCCUGACGGCCUUAGGCGCCGCCGAUGUGUCUGACCCAGGCGCCCUGGCCGAUCCUCUCGCGGCUGCGUGA